AUGAAACAUUACAUAGUCUUGUUGAUUGUCACCAUCACCUUGUUGAACUUGGUUGAUGCUUACUAUUACAAGACUAAUAUCAAUGAUAAUGACAGGCCACAGUUGAAAUAUAGACCAGAUGGUACAUUCAAGAUAGUACAAUUCACAGACCUACAUUAUGGAGAACAAGACAGUUAUGAUAAGUUGAAUGCUAAAUCAGAGGAGGCUAUAAUAGCAGCUGAGAACCCAGACUUUGUUAUGUUCUCUGGUGAUAUGAUCAGUGGAUACAACAAACACUUUUAUGAUGUCAACUUCUACAAUACCAUAUGGGAUACACUAACUGAACCACUGCGGAAGAGGAAUUUACCUUGGGCAAUUACAUUUGGCAACCAUGAUGCUGAAGGACAGUUGAACUCUGCACAACUAAUGAAUUUGGAUAGAUCUUAUAACCUUAGUUUGAAUAAUGAACCUGCCUCAUUGAUCUAUUCAUUCGACUCUGAUACAUAUGCCUGCGAGAAGGAUGAGAGAUGGGGAUGCAUUCAUCCCGCUCAAGUCGAAUGGUAUCAGAAUCAAUCAACGCACUACAACAUGCUGCCAGCGAUAGCAUUCGUCCACGUGCCACCCGUCGAGAUGAUCGAUCUUUGGAACAACCAUGAGGUGGUCGGCGACUUUGGUGACAAUGGCGUCUGCUGCUACUACUCGUUUGAUUCAAAGUUUGUCAGCACAAUGGUCGAGCGUAAGGACAUCAAGGGUCUUUACUUUGGUCACGAUCACAGGAAUGACUUUGUUGGUGACUACUACGGCGUUCAAUUGGGCUAUGGACGCAAGACUGGAUAUGGAUCAUACGACCCCAAGUACCCAGAGGGUGCCCGUGUCUUCCUGCUCAAUGAGAAGCCUUACAACUUCACCACUUGGAUACGCAAUGUACAUGGUCAAGUAGAGACGCAGAGAACACACAAGCCACAUCCUCAAGAUCCCGCACCUUCCAUCUGUUGCGUGCCCCUCGAUCACACGCCCUACUUUGCCAUCUACCUUGGAGUGUUUGGCUUCAUCAUGAUCGUCCUUUUCCUCACACAACGCGGCAUGUUCCGCACAUCCCCUCCCUCUUCGCCAUCUGGCUCUGGGUCAUAUCAUCAACUACUCAAGUUAUGA